CAAUGAGAGCUGUUUGCCCCACCCAUCUCUUCAACGCUAUCUAUCUCAAUGUACAAUUCACUGAGAAAAGGAAAUAAUCGCUAAAAAUAUACCCUCGAAAAGGAUUCAUUCGCCACAAUUGGGGAUUCAACGCGCUCCGUCCGUAGGGAAUCCACCGCUGUCGUUGUGGUAUCGGAUUUAUCUUUACGUAUCCAAAUGCACAUGAUCUACCACCCGAAUUCAAGAAGGAUACAAAGCGUAGCCUGACAGCGGACUCGGACUGCGAUAACCGGUAAAAAUAUCGACGGAAUCGGUCGCAUUUGCAUCUGCGGUUGAAAGAACCGUAAGGAUCGCCGCUCGCGUCAAAGCAAAGUCUACGGAUGUGAGGAGAAAUUCAAAUUACAGUAACGGAGAAGACGGCGAAGGGCCUCGUUUGAUUUGGACAAGCCGAAAAAAGCGAUCAGUCACCAUAAGCAGAACAGGAGGGAAAAUAGCGUCAAUCUGAGGGGAAUUUUUCAGCAGCACCACCGUAUUUUGCUCGCAGACAACGUCGUUUCGUAACGGAGUUAAAAGGUUCAUGUCGGCCACGGCGCAGGGCGGAAUGAUCCACAUGCCGUCAUUUUGGUGGAAAUAUUUAUUUUUUUAAUUUGUAGCCACCCUUUCUAUCUCGUUCUGCCCGUCUCGUUGCAUCGCCGAACGGAUUCGACAGCAAGCCACCGAAAACAAUCGCGUUUUGUGGAGCUAUUCAUGAUUUUAAUAGGAGUCGGUCGUUAUUUCGGGAAAGCGACCAUGGAUUCGCGACGGGAAAUCUGCUAAAUCGCCGUCGUGGGAAAGCCGAGAUCAUUCAUGUAACGUCGAAGGCUUUUGCUGGAUGCUCAUCCAUACACAGAAAUCUCAUAUUUUAUAGUAGCAAGCGCUCGACAGGACUUGGCCGUCUGUAGGCCGGCCUAGUGUUUUCACCACCACCACCUAUUCUCGCCAGUACUAGUCACCCAGAGCUUUUUCCUAUUUCCCCGUGCUCCCCUGCCCACAUCGGCGAAAUCCAGGGUAGUUGUGAGCAUACACGUAUAAAUGUCCCGGUUUUCCAUCACAGUGUUCUGAUCGGAGGCCAAUCGAGGGACUUGGAUCAUUUAUUCAUACGGUAGAUUCACCUUCCCCUCACCCCACCCCAAAACUUUUCUUGGGUUUUUGGGAAAAUGGGUUGUUUGGGCAACAGUAAGACUGAGGACCAGCGAAAUGAGGAGAAGGCCCAGCGAGAAGCUAACAAGAAGAUAGAGAAGCAGCUCCAGAAAGACAAACAGAUCUACAGAGCAACUCAUCGACUACUGCUGCUGGGGGCUGGAGAAUCGGGGAAAAGCACCAUAGUCAAACAGAUGCGCAUUUUACAUGUCAAUGGCUUCAAUGCUGAAGAGAAAAAACAGAAAAUUCAAGACAUCAAGAAUAAUAUAAAAGAAGCUAUAGAGACUAUUGUGACGGCGAUGUCCGUGUUGGUACCUCCAGUCCAGUUAGCCUGUCCAGCAAAUAAGUUUCGAAUUGACUACAUCCUCAACUUAGCCAACCAAAAGGACUUUGAGUUCACAACGGAAUUUUAUGAACACACAAAAACCCUGUGGCAGGAUGAAGGGGUGAAAGCUUGCUUCGAAAGAUCCAAUGAAUAUCAACUGAUCGACUGCGCGCAGUAUUUCCUGGACAGGAUUGACACUGUGAAACAGAGUGACUAUACCCCCACUGAUCAGGACUUGCUCAGAUGCAGAGUUCUGACUUCAGGGAUCUUUGAGACAAGAUUCCAAGUGGAUAAAGUUAAUUUUCAUAUGUUCGAUGUUGGCGGACAGAGAGAUGAACGCAGGAAAUGGAUCCAGUGUUUUAAUGACGUGACAGCCAUCAUUUUCGUGGUAGCCAGCAGCAGUUAUAACAUGGUGCUCAGAGAGGACAAUCAGACCAACAGACUCCAGGAGGCACUUAACCUGUUCAAGAACAUCUGGAAUAACAGGUGGCUUCGAACAAUUUCUGUCAUUCUGUUCCUAAAUAAGCAGGACUUGCUGGCUGAGAAGGUUUUGGCGGGAAAAUCAAAAAUCGAGGAUUACUUCCCAGAGUUUGCACGCUACACUACACCAGAUGAUGCAACACCAGAGCAAGGGGAAGAUCCACGAGUUACAAGAGCAAAAUAUUUCAUCCGUGACGAGUUCUUGAGGAUCAGUACAGCGAGUGGAGAUGGCCGGCAUUACUGCUACCCCCACUUCACCUGCGCCGUGGACACGGAAAACAUCCGCCGAGUGUUUAACGACUGCAGAGACAUCAUCCAGCGCAUGCACCUACGACAGUACGAACUCUUGUGAUCGCAGCAGGGAUGACAGGACGCAAAUUCACCACCUGAACUUUCUUUAGGCCCCCCUGCCCUACAUCACGCCCCAAUUUCAAAACCAUGAACCUUCAAACUGAUGAGUCCCCACCUCUUACACACACAUGCAUAUUAUAUAGAUAUAUACAUAUGCGUAUGUAUAUAUAUAUAUUCACAUAUAUAUAUAUAUACACAUACAUACAGACACACACGCACACACAUACAUGGCCUUUCUCCAUCCUGAGUGACUAGGGGCUGGGGCAAGGGGACGCACUGUGUUACUGAUGAAAGCGUGGCUGUGAUAUCUGGCAAAAAGACUUGUUAACACAGCCAAGGACUACAGAUGUUAAUAAAGAGAGAGAGGAAAACAAAA